GGUAUAAAAGGAGGUGGGACGGCAGCUCAAGGUUUGCAGACGCUGACAGGAAGAAAGAGAGGGAGAGAGAGAAAGAGAGCACGCCACAGACCACACACUACAGCAACAGACUUGCUGCACUUCCCCUUGAAGAUGCUGAAUCCUCAAUGGAGCGGCGUUUUGGCCAUUCUGGGAGUUCUGCUCUUCCACUCAGUGGUAGGAGAUCAUGGACAUUGCUUGGAGAGUGGUCGGUGUAGGGACAUGGACACAGAAGCUGGCCUUUUGGAGUGCCUCAAGGCCUGCAGGCUGGAUCUCUCGGCUGAGUCACCAGUCUUUCCUGGCAACGGCCAUAUGCAGCCCCUGUCUGAGAAUAUUCGGAAGUAUGUCAUGAGCCAUUUCCGCUGGAAUAAGUUUGGCAAAAGUAAUAGCAGCGGCGGUGACUUAGGCCAUAAGCGAGAGGAGCUCUCCAGAGACCGCAUCCUAGACUUCUUCGCGUUUCCUUCGCAAGCUCAGAGCAAUUGGGAUGGAGAGAGUGAAGGCAACCAAGACCUGGAAAGGCAAGAAAGGAAGCGAUCGUACGCCAUGGAACACUUCAGGUGGGGGAAGCCUGUGGGCCAGAAGAGGCGACCUGUGAGGAUCUACCCAAAUGAAGUGGAGGAGGAAUCCUCAGAGAGCUAUCCCCAGGAGUUCAGACGAGAACUUGCCUUGGAAAUGGACUACCCAGAAUUCGACUCCCAGGAGGAAAAGAAGAGCUAUGAUUCAGUGAUGUCUGAAGAGAAGGAAGACCAGCCAGAAGAAGUGAAGAAAGACAGCUCCUUAUACAAGAUGCGUCACUUCCGGUGGAAUGCCCCGCCUAAGGACAAACGCUACGGUGGUUUUAUGACCUCAGAACGCAGCCAUACGCCCCUAGUGACACUUUUUAAGAAUGCCAUAAUCAAAACCGCCUACAAGAAAGGCCAAUAAGAGUCAGGAGUUACGGCGACCAAAAGCAAGGGAGCGGCUCUGGAUAGAUUUCUUUGGCACGCAUUUCAUUUAGAUAUCAUUGAUGAUGAUCACUUAUUUACGUUGUUCUAACUUGUUAUCAAUAAUAAUUAAGGAGCUUGUUGCUUACGAAAUAACUUUCAUUCUGGUUCUGAAUGUACAAAUAACUGAGCAGGGGGUGGGGGAGGUUUGGCAUAAUAAUGAAGCUUGCAUCCAUUGUGUAUGUGUAACAAAGUGGGAAGCUGAGUGAAAGGAAUAGCUGUCUUUCAGAAGGGCAGAGUAUUUUCAUAUUUUAAACCAGAUGUACAAUACUGUAAAUGAAAGGAUUAAAGAUAUAAUAUAAUAAUGAUGAUGAUAAUUACAACAAUACAUCUUUUGCAAACUAA